AUGGUGGACCCCCUGUCAGACUGCAGCCCCCUCAUCAGUGCAGCGUCCUCGGGGAAGCUCCGUCUGGUUCGCCUGCUGGUGGAAGGUGGAGCUCAGGUGAAUGGACACAACCCCAGCGGAGAGACGCCUCUCCUGGCCGCCUGCAAGGCCCUGAGAGGGGAACCUGCUGGACCCGACUCUCUGAGACUUCUCACAUACCUGCUCCAGAACAAGGCGGAUCCUAACGCCCAGGACCGGGCCGGCCGUACCGCUCUGAUGUACGCCUGCAUGGAGCGAGCAGGAGCUCAGGUGGCCUCCGCCCUGCUGGCUGCAGGAGCCGACCCCAGCAUGGAGGACCACUCCGGAGCCUCGGCGCUGGUCUACGCCAUCAACGCACAGCACCAGCCCACGCUGAAGGUUCUGAUGGACGCCUGCCGGGCCAGAGGUCGUGACAUCAUCAUCAUCGCCACGGAGAUGGGUGUGAACGGCGGCCCGGUGACCAGGCGCUACCUGAACGUUCCCCCGUCACCGGACACCUCGCCGGUGUCCUGCAUGUCUCCAUCCGACAUCUUCCUCAAGACGGGUUCCCCAAACUCCCCCGAGGGCGAAAACAUCUUCAACUUCAGAGGAACAAGUAAACGAGGAAGCAGCAGCAGCAGCAGCAGCAGACAUCCGUCCUCUGAGCUGAGUCCACUGAGUCAGUGCAGCUCUCCAUCUCCCAGGCAGAGGAUGUUAUCUGAACCCUGGCUCGCCAUCCACAACCUGGCCUGUCUGAACAGGGCUUACGAGGAGGGAGUGAGGGAGAGGAUCCCGCUGGAGGAAGGAAGCCGGCAGGAUUUGAGCAGCGAGGGAGGACGGAAAGAGGAUGAGGAUGAAGACGAGGGGUCACGUCUUCAUGAGUCCAGGGUGGCUCAAAGGAGGGAUAACACACAUGAAGGGGAGAAUUACAGCAGCUGCUCGGAGGAUUUCUCUCUCAGGGCUUCUCAGUCUGUCCUCUCGCUCACAGAGAUGAACUCAGCUCACGUAAAGUCAAGCAUCCUGAGGAGGUGUCAGACUCCCGGAGGGUCAAACUCGGACGACAAGCUCCCCGCCUGCCCUCCGGGUCACCCCCGUCUCCGUAGAAACACCCUCCCCUCCGUCACCGUGGUGCCUCCUCUGCUUCACCUCCCUCCUUUAGACUCUCACCUCCAGGUCCCAACCCAGGCUUCACCCUCCAGAAGCAGGAGGAUGGCGUUUCUGCCUCACCCGCCCAGCUCCUCUCCUCCCUCCAGAGCAUCAGCGAGACCAGCGUUGCUCCCCCCGCUGUCCUCCUCCGUCACCUCCCUGGUUGCUCCGUCCUCCUCCGGCUGCAGCGACAGAAGCAGGAGGUCGCAGCGACGUCACUCAGCUCAGCUGGAGCAGCUGACAGGAGGAGCGCUGAUGAACGCUGUAGACCUGUGA